UUGGAUGUGUUUGUCUCUUAUGCAGUGAUAUUGUUUUAUUUGCCACCAAAAUUUGGUGUCAGAAAGUGGAAUUCCUUGUUUUGGACCCGAGAGCAGACAGUGACUGAUCAUCUUGGACUUAUGAGAGGCAGAUUGCCAGGGUCCAAGAGGGACACCACUGAAAUCAGCAAACAAACCUGAGUGGCAUCAAAUUUCUCUGGUAAGAGCCAAAUUAAAUUACGUAGAAAAAUCAUACUAAAGAUUUGGUAAAAAAGGAUAAACCAUAUUGGUUAAGACAGCUCUGUGGUUUAAAGCCCUGGAUACAUUACACGAUUUUAAUAAUCCUAUAAGAUCAUUACAAAUCACACUGUGUGACAUGGAUCUAUUAAACUUGGGUACAACAUGCAUGUAGACUGCACAAUGAUGACACCUAUUGACUCGUAGGCUAAGAUGAAAGUUUCUAUAGAAAAAUAAAAUGUCAUCAGCAUGCACAAAAAGACCAUGUUGAAUCACACUUUGGCAGUUAUAGUUUUUAUGUGUGCAAAAAAAAAAAGGAAGCGGCGAAAGAAGAAGUGAAAAGAGCUUGAGGUAAGCAGUUUUAAGUUUUAGCACCAUGUCGCAUUGAUUUCAUGUUGCAUUUUUAUUGACUGUGUGUUGAUCCUGCUAAAUUUCUGUCACACAGUCAGAAAAUGAUCGUAGGCUAUCUUUGGUCGCAAGACCAGGAAAACGGACAUCUUUGAACCUCUCUCAGUGUAUGACAUAGGACCACUGUUAAAGAGCCACGAUCACAGAAAUCACCACGACUGUUUACCAAUGGCAGUCUUUUGUCUGGGACAGCCAAACAUUGUGCAGUGUGUCCUGGGCUUAACAGUGUGGUUAAGAUGUUUCUUGGGUAGGAACAAGAAAAAAAAGCAACUGCAGUAAAAUUGAAACCAUGUCUGUUGAACGAUUCCAGGGGGAACCAGAAUUAGCUGAGUGCGGCCCGGGGUCUGUCUAAGAGCUCUACCUGUCCGAUUUCAGGUGAAAGGUCAGAUCUUUUGGGAGACAUCCAACAGAUUAUUUAGGCAAGCCAGAAGAAAACCAUAAAGACAACCAAUAUGGGGUUGUCCCAGAGCAAGCUUGACAAACAUGAUACACCGGUUUUCUGUCAAAUGAGAAGAUUAUAUGAAGAAAGAUGCAUGCAAGAUGUAGACAUUUUCCGAGAGAGGGAACAUUGAGUGUCACAAGACUACGGGUUGUAAAGCAAUCGGUGGAAGAGGGAAGCAAAAAGCAGAAAGGGUGUUGUGUGAAACGUGUGGAAAAUGUGAGCAGACAGUGAACUGUUGGCUGGAGGAGGCAGAUAAGAAGAUAAGAAGAGUGAUGAUGAAAAAGUUGGCAUGUAGGUAUAAAAAAAGGAAGGAAAAAUGAAAAAUGUGCAGAAAAAGCAACUGCACCACAUGAACCUACUAACCCAUUUGAUGCUUGUGUUUCUUUACAUGCAUCACUGCCGUACCCUCACUAUCCAGUGGCUGUGCUGCAACCCCUGAACCCUGACCUCGACUGCUCUCCACUGAGAAGACUAACAGAGCCUUGUACGGAAGCAGAGCUUAGACAAGACCAAGAUCCACGACCCUCCACUUCCCGUCCCCUUGUGCAAAAGGACGGAAAUGAAGACCCUGAUGUGAUUCCUCCAAUCCCCAAGGAAGGAGUCGAAUUAGAGGAGGAAUGCAAGGUUCCUCCAUUGAAAAAAAGGAUAAGAUAUCAAGUAAAACAGGAAGAUAAGAGCAUAAGGACAAUGAAAGAAGUUUCGGGACCCGAUGGGCCAGAAAUGGACUUUAGAAUAUGGACCGUGAAUGACAUGAAAGAGGCAAUGGCUCACCUGCCGAGCCCUGUUGACUCAAGUCACAAAUUUUCUACUGAACUGAUCAUAUUCUGCCAGGAGUUCAGCCCCACUGUGCAGGAACUAAGAAGGCUCCUGUUAGUGAAAUUGGGGGCUACAAAUUGGCACAAAGUGAGUGGAAAGCUGCCAAUAGCAACAGAAGAUUUUUGGAGAGCACACAUAGACUGGGAUGAUGCGUCUAAUAGGCCGUACCGUAUUGCAGUCAAUGACCUAGCAAACGCCAUAAAGGCAGCAUUCCCAUUGCGUGUGGACAUAGCAAAGCUUAUUAGCUGCUGCCAAAACAGAAAGGAGUCUGUUCAGGACUAUUACAAUCGACUCUACGAGACAUUCAACAAGUACAGCGGCUUGCCAGAACCCGACAACAGAGGAAAUCAACCAGGCAUAUGGGAGUGUUUUCUGGAGAUGUAUUUCCUCGAUGGACUGAGAAAAUAAAUUGCACAAGCUGUAAAAUCCAGUUACACUGAAUGGGGGAGUGGACGGAUAGCCACUGUCCUGACACAUGCUUUGCAUGCGGAAGAACAGCAAAUGGCAAAGAAUGAGCGACAGGGAAUUGCAGCGGGCCUUAGUGCAAGCAGUUCUUUUGCGCCCCCUCCUCAACAGACAGGAGGUAGAAGAGGGCGAGGUGGUGGAUACUCCAACAGGGCUGGAGGGAAUUCUCUCAGACUGGACUGCUGGAUCUGUGGAACUGAGGACCAUACAGUCAGAGACUGUACCAAGUGCAAACGAUGCAAGAAAAAGGGGCAUUGGGCCUUUGGUGCCUCAGGGCACCAAAUUUCUGAGAGAUUCACAGUACCCUUAAAGGAACACUCCACUUUUUUUGAAAAUAGGCUCAUUUUCCAACUCCCCUAGAGUUAAACAGAAAUGCCAAAUGUAGCUGGUGCUAACGCUAGCAUGGGCUCCGCUGUUGGACAUGAUUAACAACUGAGGUAACUUUUAAAUGUAUUUGUGUGCAAAAACAUCAGAUUAAUGUCCUGAACGCAAAUUUAUUUUAAGAGAACUAAAACACUAUUAUAUAAACAAUAAACAAGCAGACAUAACAGACAUGAAUUAAAACACCAAACUGACAAACAGUACUAUUGACACACUACUACUAAGUUAAAACUGCUGUUAUUUUACUAGUAUUUAGCUCUCUGAAUCUGCGAACUCCACAUCCAGCACACGUUUGUGUAUAUGCUGGAUUUUUAAUGUUGUUGGGAUUUGGGCAAUUAAAUCGUCCACCCUUCCAUUGUACAUUUUCUGUGGGAUGCUGAAUUUCUGGAAAUCGCUGCAGAGGAGAGCGAGGUUUCCGUUGUCUUCUGAGACUCCAGUUAUGUCAAUCCGCUCUGUCACAGCCUUCCUCUCAGCAGUCUGCUUUAUAAAGAAAAUACAAUUUAUAAUCUGGAUUGACAUCCUGUUACCGAGAUUUCACUCAAAUAAAACUUGCAAUGCCCCUUUUUAGGUGAACUCAUGCCACAGUCAUCACAUGUUACCAGCUAUGAGAAUUAUUAACGCUGUUACCCCUAUCUGAGUCGAUUGUGGUGCUGUACAGUUAAUGUUAAGCUGAAUAAGGCAGCUAAUUGUACAGUUGUGUAGGUUGAGGAAUUCAUUUGUCAUCUUCCAUACUUAUAAUAAUAAUAUAUUGUUGAUUUCUAGAUAUUCUGUGAUAUUGAAAUAACUCACUUUUUCAAUUUGCCCUUUCAGACUCAGAUGAUCUCCUCUGAUGAAUAUGUCUCGAAUGUCCUCCUACUCCGCCUUUUCCUCAGCUUCAUUCAGGGACAAACACACAGAAAAACUCCUGGUGAAGUACUACUAUACAGAUGGCAUUUAUUAAAGAGGAGAGUGAAGACAUGAAGAUUGAAGAAGUAUUCAGUUUGAAACCGGAAGAUACUGAGGAACAAACAAAGAUGGCGUUUAUUAAAGAGGAGAGUGAAGACGUGAAGAUUGAAGAAGUAUUCAGAGUGAAACAUGAAGAAACUGAGGAACAAACAAAUAUGGAGUUUAUUAAAGAAGAGAGUGAAGACAUGAAGAUUGAAGAAGUAUUCAGUUUGAAACCGGAAGAUAUUGAGGAACAAACAAAGAUGGCGUUUAUUAAAGAGGAGAGUAAAGACGUGAAGAUUGAAGAAACAUUCACAGUGAAACAUGAAGAAACUGAGGAACAAACAGACCUGAUGGCACUGAAAAAGGAGACUGAAGUACUUGAUGAAAUCGAAGAGAAAGACCAAUAUAAGAAUCAUCAUGAUUUCAUAACUGGAGAAAAAACUUUCAGUUGCUCGCAGACUGUAAAUACUUCCUCACAAAAAAGAGCUCAAAAGGCUGGGACUAAAAAUAACUUAAUCUGCCAACAGUGUGGAAAGAGUUUCAGUAGAAAAAGAAACCUUGAAGCCCACAUGAGAGUUCACACUGGAGAGAAGCCUUAUGCAUGGCCUCAGUGUGGAAAGGGUUUCAAUCAAAUGGAACACUUUGAAGACCACAUGAGAAUUCACACUGGAGAGAAGUCUUGUACAUACCCUUUUACCUGCCAGCAGUGUGGAAAAGGAUUCACUCAAAAAGGACACUUUGAAGACCACAUAAGAAUUCACACUGGAGAGAAACCUUUCACCUGCAAACAGUGUGGGAAAAGUUUCAACCGAAAAGGAAUCCUUAAACAACACCUGAGAAUUCACACUGGAGAGAAGCCUUACACAUGCCCUCAGUGUGGAAAAGGAUUCACUCAAAAAGGACAGUAUGAAGUCCACACGAGAAUUCACUCUGGAGAGAAGCCUUACAUCUGCCAGCACUGUGGAAAAGGAUUCACUCAAAAAGGACACUUUGAAGAUCACAUGAGAAUUCACACUGGAGAGAAACCUUUCACCUGCCAACUGUGUGGAAAAAGUUUCAACCGAAAAGGAGUCCUUAAACAACACAUGAGAAUUCACACUGGAGAGAAGCCUUUCACAUGUCAGCAGUGUGGAAAAGGAUUCACUCAAAAAGGACAGUUUGAAGUCCACAUGAGAAUUCACACUGGAGAGAAGCCUUACACAUACCCUUUCACCUGCCAGCAGUGUGGAAAAGGAUUCACUCAAAAAGGACACUUUGAAGACCACAUGAGAAUUCACACUGGAGAGAAGCCUUACACUUGCCAGCACUGUGGAAAAGGAUUUGCUCAAAAAGGACACUUUGAAGACCACACAAGGAUUCACACUGGAGAGAAACCUUUCACCUGCCAACAGUGUGGAAAAAGUUUCAGCCGCAAAGGAAGCCUUAAACAACACAUGAGAAUUCACACUGGAGAGAAGCCUUACACAUGCCCUCAGUGUGGAAAGAGCUUCAAUCAUAAAGGACACCUUAAACUCCACUUGAAAAUCCACUCUGGAGAGAAGUCUUGUACAUACCCUUUUACCUGCCAGCAGUGUGGAAAAGGAUUCACUCAAAAAGGACAGUAUGAAGUCCACAUGAGAAUUCAUACUGGAGAGAAGCCUUACACUUGCCAACAGUGUGGAAAAGGAUUCACUCAAAAAGGACACUUUGAAGAUCACAUGAGAAUUCACACUGGAGAGAAACCUUUCACCUGCCAACAGUGUGGAAAAAGUUUCAACCGAAAAGGAGUCCUUAAACAACACCUGAGAAUUCACACUGGAGAGAAGCCUUACACCUGUCAGCACUGUGGGAAAGGAUUCACUCAAAAAGGACAAUUUGAAGUCCACAUGAGAACUCACACUGGAGAGAAGCCUUAUACAUACCCUUUCACCUGCCAGCACUGUGGAAAAGGAUUCACUCAAAAAGGACACUUUGAAGACCAUAUGAGAAUUCACACUGGAGAGAAACCUUUCACCUGCCAACAUUGUGGAAAAAGUUUCAACCGAAAAGGAGUCCUUAAACAACACCUGAGAAUUCACACUGGAGAGAAGCCUUUCACCUGUCAGCACUGUGGAAAAGGAUUCACUCAAAAAGGACAGUUUAAUGUCCACAUGAGAAUUCACACUGGAGAGAAGCCUUUCCCCUGCCAACAGUGUGGAAAAAGUUUCAAUUAUAAAGGACAAUUUAAACUCCACUUGAGAAUUCACGCUGGAGAUCAACCUACCAUUUGCUGACGGAAGGCACAAAAUGACCAUAAUAACCCAUAUAUUGUCGAAAAUCCCAUGUUGUCUACCAUCUGUAGAAACUUUUUUUAUAUAUAUUUAGCACUGCCCUUCAGAAGCAACAGAAGAUGCUUGCAUGUUUCCCGGAUGACAAAUUAAGUACAAUUUACCUUGAUCUUCAAAUUCAAAAAGUUUACAUCCCUGGCUCUUAAUGCAUCAUGUUUCCUUCUGGAGAAUCAGUGAAUGUUUGAACCCUUUUGAAUAGUUGUGUUUGAGUUCCUCAAUCAUCCUCAGUGUGAAAAGAUGGAUCUCAAAAUCAUACAGUCACUGCUCGAAAGAGUUCAAAUAUGCAACAAAAAAAAAAAUCAUUGAAAACUGAAGAAUCUGCAGAACCUGGAGGAUUUUUCUGAAGAACAUUGGCCAGUUUAACUGCUCAGAACAAACAAGGGACUCAUGAACAACCACCACAAAACAUAAAAAAAAACAGUCGUAGAUCAUCCAGGUAAUCACACACAGUAUUAAGAACCAAUGGUUCCCAAACUUUUGAACAUAAGCAGAUCCUUUAAGUUGCGAGGUGGGGCCUCCAUGGAUCGGACUUGUUUGUUCAGCACAUCCCAAAGAUGGUCGAUUGGAUUGAGAUCUGGGGAAUUUGGAGGCCAAGUCAACAACCUCAAACUCAUUGUUGUGCUCCUCAAAUUAUUCCUGAACCAUUUUUGCUUUGUGGCAGGGCACAUUAUCCUGCUGAAAGAGGCCACAGCCACCAGGGAAUACCGUUUCCAUUAAAGGUUGUACAUGGUCUGCAACAAUGCUUAGGUAGGUGGUACUUGUCAAAGUAACAUCCACAUGGAUGGCAGGACCCAAGGUUUCCCGGCAGGACCCAAGGUUUCCCAGCAGUACAUUGCCCAAAGCAUCACACCGCCUCCGGCGGCUUGCCUGCUGGUGCCAUGUGUUCCCCAGGUAAGCGACGCACAUGCACCCGGCCAUCCACGUGAUGUAAAAGAAAACGUGAUUUAUCAGACCAGGCCACCUUCUUCCAUUGCUCUGUGGUCCAGUUCUGAUGCUCACGUGUCCACUGUUGGCUCUUUUGGCGGUGGACAGGGGUCCGCAUGGGCACCCUGACUGGUCUGCGUCUAUGCAGCCCCAUACGCAACAAACUGAUGCACUGUGUAUUCUGACACCUUUCUAUCAGAACCAGAAUUAACUUCUGGAGCAAUUUGAGCUACAGUAACUCGUCUGUUGGAUCGGACCACACGGGCCAGCCUUCGCUCUCCACGUGCAUCAAUGAGCCUUGGCCGCCCAUGACCCUGUCACCGGUUCACCACUGUUCCUUCCUUGGACCACUUUUGAUAGAUACUGACCACUGCAGACCGGGAACACCCCACAAGGGAUGCAGUUUUGGAGAUGCUCUGACCCAGUCGUCUAGCCAUCUCAAUUUAGCCCUUGUCAAACUCGCUCAAAUCCUUACGCUUCUAACACAUCAACUUUGAGGACAAAAUGUCCACUUGCUGCCUAAUAUAUCCCACCCACUAACAGGUCACCUGAUAAAGAGAUAGUCAGUGCUCAUAAUGUUAUGCCUGAACGGUGUAAGCCCUUGUAGACAUGAGCCGUUUCUCAAUAUGCGUCCUUGUCUGUACUUGUGGACAUGUGAAAUGUCAUCAGUCACUGCCCAAGCCAAGUACAGUUAAAAUCCCCAGAUGUGUUCUUAAUCCACCCCUUUUAUUGAGGAUGCAUCUAGAGGUCACUUAUGUGGACUUGAGACAGCCAGGUAUCCCAGAAUGCAUCUCGCACUAACCAGCAAGUGGCAAUAGUAAAGGAAAAAACCUGUGUAAUUUAAACAGUCUACUGUUAUUUUGUCAUAUGGAGUUUUUCAGGUGAGAAUGUACUGGUUUAAAGCUCAAAUUUGUGGUUUAUUGAUAAAGAUAGCACCUAUUUGAAAAUUUGAUGUGAGAUCCAUAUGAUCUCCGGGCGCUCAGUGCUCAUGUUACCAGCCGAGAAAAGUGAAGUUUCAUAACUUUAUAUAUUUAGGCUAUUUAACUUUACCGUUGUAGCCUAUUAGAACACUAACUUUAUACGUUUGACUGAAUUGUUUGCUUUAUUUCUUAUUGUAUAGCUUCUUAUACCUUUUACUUAUACUUUUAUAAUGGCUAUUAUUGAUCAUUAAAACUGACAUUUAACAAAAA